GGAAUUUUGUUCCAACAACAACUAAAAGAUGAGAGUAUCCUAAUAUGAGAAACAUACGCGCCGUAGUUCAGCAAUCUCUUCUCGGAAGUACUAUAAAAUGCACAAGCAGACCUCAUAGAAUCCUCAGUUUUCUUUGCUAGAUCAUUUAUACAUCACAAUGGCCGCCUGGUUGAUUUCGUUUCUGGUAGCUUCCUUCGCCAUAGCUGCCACUUCAGCCGAAACUAUCUGUUACGGACAAGACCCAAGCUGUGCAGCUGAGUCUACAACUUGUGUGGAGGCUACUGCAAAUCUCGCUGAUUCCCCUGGUAAACCAGAAUGCGUUGAGGCAGCGAAAGCCGGGUUGUUCCAGACCUACUCUACCUUCAUCAAGACCGACGAGUUCUAUUCUAUCAAUGUGUACAUGGAUGCCGAUUGUACUCAGGUGCUCUUGACAACAGAUCUUGGAGAAGAUGUUUGUACUGAGGUGGUGGCUCCUAUGACUGCUCCAUGGUACGUGGUGGUCUCCGGUAAUUAAAAUUUACAGGCCCUAAAUAAAAUACUUUGCCAAAGAUCCUUGUGAAUAUAUCGGUAUUGGUAUUGAUUUGAUCAGUUUCGUAUCUAGAUAU